AUGGACGUAGUGUGCGAAGUGCCCACGUCCACCACGACGACUCGCACAGAAACAACAAGCACUUCCUCGACACGGACGACGACCAGUGAAACUCAAACAACAUCCACCUCUUCCACUUUCUCAGCGACUACUACAGUCACUUUCAGCAGUACCACUUCAACCAGCUCGUUGACCAGCACAAGUCAAACCACAACGUCCGUGACUGCGACGACACAAACUGAAACUACCACGUCCUUCUUGACAACGAGCUCAACCGUCAGCACGCAGACAACGACGAGCGAGACGGUGACCACACAGACGACCACCUCUGCCACGGUCACCACGACGACCAUGACCACAACAACCGGAAUGACGGCUGUUCUGCAGUUUUCGGUCUCCGCCGGCGACACUGUGCUCAUUGUGGACAGCAACGCUGGCUUCAGCAUCGGCGACAUCAUCCGCAUCUCGAGGCCGACCCAGCCCAGGUUCUACGAGUUUGUUGAGAUCACGGCUUUUGGAACCGUUACGAUUUCGGCGAGGCGUUUGACGACCUACAGCACAUGGACGAUCUCGCCGCCUUUGGAGAACGCCUACGGACCAGGGGCCGCCAUCCAGAACUUCGGGCCAGCGAGCUCCUUCACCGGGGGCGACCCGGUCACUUACUUCGGUGGGCAGAAGUGGAAGUUCUGGCUGCCCUUGCGACAGGAGCUGCUCUUGCUGGCCACGCCCGACUUGCGCCUCUACGGCCGCGUCUUCCCAGGACCCCAAAUCGAUCAGCAAUGGUUCGAUUACUUCAUGGUGGCCCUGCCGGACGACACGCCCAUUGCCACAGUCCGGGUGAAGCCGCACUCCAACCGAACUCUUGCCGCCUCCCGGCGAUGUGGCUCCAAGCGCUUUGAGAUGCUGGACAUCUUCCUAGGAAGUGGCGGCAGGCCGCUCAAGGAGAUGAGGAAGAUGGAGUACACGGCAAAGUCGAUUCGAUUCGAGAUCAACUGCCGGAAUCAGGCCGCAAGGACGGAAUACCUUUAUUUCGAAACACCGUCGAUCGUGUUCGUCAUCACGUCGAGCCAUGCCGGGGUCGACUUCCGAGACGACCCACUGAUGGCCUUCAAGUACAUGCACUUGGAUUUCCUGGUCAUGGAAGCCCUGCGUCCGCAGACGUAUUCAGGCAUCUUGCCGGAGGUGUGGGAGGUGAGGCCCAGAAGCGCGGAGGUGGAUGCCAUGUUGAUCCCGCCGGUGGAGCCCAUGCUUCAAGUUUGCCCGGAGGCGUCUGGGGCACUCUGCGACCAGAGCUCCUGA